AUAGACGUUGACGGAUUGGAGGUUCUUUUCCCACAUGACUAUGUCUACCCAGAACAAGUGUUAUAUAUGCACGAGGUUAAAAAGGCGCUUGACGCACAGGGGCAUUGCCUUUUAGAGAUGCCAUCGGGCACGGGAAAGACUGUAUCUCUUCUAUCGUUGGUUUUAGCAUACAUGCGAAGGUUUCCUGAUCGUCUUGAUAAGCUCGUUUAUUGUUCACGCACUAUCCCUGAAAUCGAAAAAUGUAUGGAGGAAUUACGGAGUCUUUACAAGUUCUACGAAUGUCAUAAUUCGAAUGGUCCUUCGUUUACAGCUGUUGCAAUGUCAGCUAGGAAAAAUCUUUGCAUUAAUGACUCCGUCUGGCAGUUAAGACAGGGCUUUUCUGUGGAUGGCGCCUGCCAAAGACUGACCGCUAGUUUUGUACGUGCUCGUCGACAGGUAGAUCCGUCGAUUCCAGCGUGCUCUUUUUUUGAAAACCUGAGUGUUCAACAGCAUUUCAGUCUUCCACCGGGAGUAUGGAAUCUUAAUGAUCUGAAACAACUUGGUACUGAGCGAGGUCUUUGUCCAUAUUUCAUUGCACGAGAAGCCAUCAGGAAGGCAUCCAUAGUUGUUUAUUCCUACCAUUAUAUACUUGAUCCCAAGAUUGCCGAGUUGGUCUCUAAAGACUUCAGUCGCAGGUCUUGUAUUGUUUUUGAUGAGGCACAUAACAUAGAUAAUGUCUGUAUUGAAUCGAUGUCGGUUACUAUUACACAGAAGCACACUGAAAAAGCUGUGCAGGAACUUGUCAAGUUGGAUUCAGCAGUUCAAAAGAUGAAGGCAGAAAAUUCAGAACGCUUGCAAAGUGAAUAUCAGAAAUUAGUGGAAGGUCUGAGGAAAACCGAACAGGAGAGGAUGAACGAUGAGCGAUUGGCGAAUCCCGUUCUACCUGAUGCUAUUUUGCAUGAAGCAGUUCCGGGAUCAAUCAGAACUGCCCAGCAUUUUGUUUUAUUCAUGAGAAGAGUUGUCGAGUAUGUUAGACAUAGAAUGCGAUCUUCACAGGUGCUUCUCGAAAGUCCAGCUGCGUUCGUUAAAGAUAUUCAAGAUAGGAUGUACAUCGAUCGCAAACCGUUACGGUUCUGCGCUGAACGACUAGACAAUUUAACUCGAACGCUGGAACUUGCGGAUGUAUCGGAUUUUCGAUGUUUGACUCAAAUAGCCAUUCUUGCUACCCUCGUUAGCACAUAUUCCAAGGUGAUUAUCACUUCGGGUACACUGUCACCAUUGGAAAUGUAUCCUAAAAUUUUGGACUUCGAUCCAGCAAUUAUGGCGAGUCUCACAAUGACACUUGCGCGACCAUGUCUGAGCCCACUGGUCGUAGCGAAAGGAAAUGACCAGGUUGCGAUGACGUCCCGUUUUGAGGAGAGGAAUGAUGUUGCCGUAAUUAGGAAUUAUGGAAGUCUGGUUCUAGAGAUGGCUUCCGUCGUUCCUGAUGGAAUGGUUGUAUUUUUUACAAGUUACCUAUAUAUGGAAUCCGUUAUAGGUGUGUGGUACGAGCAGCACGUAAUAGACGAGUUAAUGAAGUCGAAGCUUCUAUUUAUCGAGACUAAUGAUGCUCUUGAAACCUCUGUAGCUUUAGAGAAGUAUGUGGACGCUUGUGAUAGUGGUCGUGGCGCAUGCCUUUUCUCUGUGGCUCGGGGAAAAGUGUCUGAAGGCAUCGAUUUUAGUCAUCAUCUCGGUCGCUGUGUGAUUAUGCUAGGUAUUCCAUACGUGUAUACGGAAAGCCGCAUCUUACGAGCUAGACUAGAGUAUCUUCGGGAUCAGUUUGGAAUAAAGUACCUUAUUUCUUUCCUUAUUAAAAGGUUUUCGCGACAAGAUAAACGUGGAAAACUGCCUCGUUGGAUGCAGGAAUAUUUGGAGGAGACGGCUACAAAUCUAAGCAUUGAUGAAGCUGUGCAGCUUGCACGACGGUGGCUUACAUUGAUGGCACAGCCGUUUACAAAGGCAGAUCAGCUGGGAAUUUCCCUUCUGACAUCGGACAUGUUGACGGCGAAGACCAUGAAGAAAUUCGAAAAAGUCGUCGAACACGUUGACUAG